UGAGCUUUUAUGAGUGUAUUUUGUCCAGCUCUAGGCCAAUACAAAUGACAUUUAAGCCAUAAAUACAUGGAAGAUGCAUGUAAACAAGAUCAAGACUCGAGUGAUGUUAUUAUCAUUACUGCCUGCAUAAUGUUGUUUUUAGAUCUCCUCUUUGUGAUUCCUAUACAAACCAUAGAUGCAAACUGAAGCUACAAAAUCGUAUCCUGAUUUAACUCGGUUAAUAAUAUGCAAAUGUUCACCAUCCACAUGAGAGAAUAAGAGUGUCAGUUUCCUCGAGUACAGGAUCAGUCACUAACACUAGGACAAAAGCUGUGUGGAUGUCCUGUCUGACUCUGAAAUCAAUCAUGAGUCAAAUUCUACUCAUUUUGUGUGUUUUUUUACCAUAUGUUUCUGGCAUCUCUCUGACCUCGUCUCCUGCACAGAUUAAAGCUCCUGGUCAAUCAGUGAAGUUGUCCUGUCAGAUCUCUGGAUAUGCCCUCAAAGACUAUGGCACAGCUUGGAUCAGGCAGCCUCCUGGAAAAGCCAUGGAGUGGAUCGGGAUCAUAUGGGGCAGUGGAUCGAUAGACUCUGGAAAUUCCUUCAAGAGUCGCUUCACGAUUUCCAGAGACACGGACCGGAAUGAGCUGUACUUAGACAUCAGCAGCCUGCAGACUGAAGACACAGCUGUGUAUUACUGUGCAAAGACAGACACAGUGGCUCAGCUCAAUGUGAGAAAGACUGGCACAGACCACAAGGAAAAAGUUUUAUGGGGACACCAACAAGUGAUGAACCUGGCCGGGCCCACAUAUUUUUCAGUGUUUACUCUUCAGUGGUGUAGCAAUGGCCUGAAAGGUAUCAGUGGUGAUGAAAUCCGAUUAGAUCAGUUUCCUGCUGUGAUAAAGAGACCUGGAGAAACAGUGAAGAUCUCCUGUAAAAUAUCUGGUUUUACAAUGACAAGCUCCUACUACUGGAUCAGGCAGAAGCCAGGAAAAGCUCUGGAGUGGAUUGGGGGAGUAAACUCUGGUGAAAGUUCCGAAUCUGAUUAUCUUAUUUACGCAGACUCUGUGAAAAAUCACUUCACUUAUGAGUGA